AUGUCCGAAUCCCCGAAUGCACCACUCUUAUCGAUUCUCAGUGGUUGUUUUCCAAAUGCAAAGAGUCUUGAGAUAACUUGUGACAAUGAACUUGUUGAGGGAAAAGUCGAAUUUCAUGAAGAUACAGUCUCACAGAACCCUGAAAGUGGAGAAGAAAUCUCAUGGCAAGACAAAGGAGAGGAAAUGGACAUCAAUAAAGGAAGACUGUCAAAUGAAUCAGGUCCUUUUUGCAAUAAAAUACUGUUGAUAAUUUCAGUACCCGAUGAAGGAAAUAUUGAACCAAUCAAGAAGGAAUGCUGCAAAACAGUUGGAGCUGAUGGGGGCAAACUUCAGCUAGAAUCAUUUGGGAUUGAACUUGAGAUACCUCCUGGUGCAAUCGUCAGCAAAGAGCCACAGGAAAUCUCUCUUCGUGUCCUGACCGAUACUCCAAAUCUUGGGAACACCAAAGAAGAGAUGUCAGCCUGCUUUGGUGUACAGUGCUUAGCUCCUGAUGACUUAGUACUGAGGUCACCGGUGACUUACACAAUACCUCAUUGCGCUGUUGCAACACUGUACUCCAGAUUAGAGGCAGUCCUUUACACAGGAGAGGGAGAAUAUACACCGGAUGCAGAAGUAAAGGCGAGAAUCCUUUUAAGAAAUACAGGACUUCCAAACUGUAUCAUCGAGAGGGGUGUUCUAAGACUGCAGAUAGAUCACUUCUCCUGGAUUUACAUCAAAUUCAUCAAGAAUUUGUUCUUCAGAGGGAAACAAAUGUGUUGCUUGCCAUUUGCAGAAAAGCCACUACCAGAAGAGAGAAUGUCGGUCAUCGUGCGUGUACAUCUCUUUGACGACCUUACGGGGGAAAAAAAGAUGGUAGUGCAGGAGGAACAGAACAUAGGAUUUGCUUGUAUUCACCCUGCUACAGAAAUCCCAAUCAAUGUGACAGAAGAGGAUGUCACAAUGACUUGUUUCCUUGAUUACGAUCGUGUUGGAGAGGCAAUUGUCGAAUACGACGACUUAUGGAGAGGUAAAGAUAGGAUGGCUUCUUUCAAGUUGGACCUAACCAAAAAACCCGAUAGAGUUAUUGUGGACCUGAGAGUGGGUCAGAAUGGACAACGACAGAGAGAGCUACCAUGCGUAUUAAUGUUUGCAUCACACUGCAGAUCCUCUAGCUUUCAACCCACGACAUAG